AUGCCUCCAAAGCAGAAGCCCAGACCAAAAGGUAGUGCGCCUGCAAAUCGAACAUACAAAGCAGUCGAACCAUUGCGUCAAACCACAUUUCCAGAAAAGAAAAAGCGUAUAACUAGGAACUAUGGCAAGAAAUCUAAGCUCAAACUCGAGGAUCAGGACACACUUACGCAGAUGGAUUGGGUAAAAUUGCAUGAAAGAGAAGAACUGGAAAAGCAGAUGGAAGAUGACAUUGAGGAUAGUGAAGGAGAUUAUGUUGAAGAAGAUUCAAAACGGAGAACGAAACGACGGAGGACUAUGGGCGAUGAAACGAAGGCAAAGAAGAAAAAAGUGUCAAAGAACAGACGGAAGACUCUAGGAGAGGAAGGAAGGACACCUAGUUUCUCGACGCAGACAAUUACCCAACUUGAUUAUUGGCCACUUUCCGGAGCACGAAAACCAGAAGAGCCAGAAGACGAUCCAUCAAUCUAUGAUAUCCCAGUAUCCAGCUCUCCAGCAUUUCAACCACUUCGACGAAGUCCGCGAAAGUUUUCCAACCCUGCUACUUCUGAUCCAGCUCAAUUAAUGCCUCCACCACAAACACCAAGACAUAGAAAGAUUCUUGAGAUUCCAUCAUCACAAUCACCGGCUACACCAAUGUCAAGUCAAUUUAGAGGUUCCGCACGGAAAAGGUCGCCACUCAAGGAGCAAUCUACAAAUGUUAUAGUCCCCUUUUCCCUACGAUCAAGUACAUUCACCAGUGCCGAAAGGAUACCAAAAUUGAAGAUUGAGGAUACUUAUGAGACCGGGACAGAUGAAAGUCAAGUUCUUCUAACCCCCUCGAAGCAUUCGAGUCCGGCCAAAACGGUACGCUUUGCCAUACCAGAUUCUAGUCAGGAAUCUCUUGCAGAGGAUACUCCCUUAAAAGAGGAGCAUGCCACUUCGCGUGACUUCUCGCCAUCGCCUAUCCGCCGGUUGGGGACCCCCGCCCCCAGGAAAAUGAAAUUCGAAAUUCUGGAUUCGGAUGCGGAGGACGAAGAAGAUGAGGAAUCGCAGGUUGUGGCAGAUACCCCACCGGGGAUUAUUCCUGGCUAUGAAGAUCUCACCAAUGUACGAGGCUCAAUUGAGAACACAGCUGAGACGCCAGAACAAGACGAGGAUCGCUCAGCGGAUGAUACUAUCAGACAAACAGAAGGAGACGUUGAGCAGGAGUUGGAACUUCCAGAAACGUUUUACGGGGAUAUAGGAGCGGAGACACAAUUCCAAGCUGAGCGGAUCAUGCCAUCGUCAAGUCUAAGUGAUAUCGUGGAGAGCACUCCAUUAAGUGACGACGCGGCCGGAACUGUAUCUUAUGGCAGUAGCCAGUUACCAAAAACCCAAUAUGCCACUACGCAGCAUACCCAGACUCAAACUCGCCGCACUGGAACUCAAUAUACCCAAAAGCAGACCCAGUUUGGUAAAAGUCAAUAUCCUGAAAGCCAACGCCUCUCCACACAACAUCUGGAUGCUAUGGCACCACGAUCAGAUUCUUCUGAUGUAUUCAUCUCUAUAUAUCCUACCACUGUGGAAACCAUAAUAUCCCGUGAGAAGAACCACGAGUUUCGAUCUUAUGGUUUUCCAGCUACUGUAUCCCGUAUUUGGAUUUAUCAAACCAGACCCCGAUCGACUCUUACUCAUAUGGCCGUCAUUGGUCCGCCCAAAGCACCCGGGGAUAUAACGAAACUUGAUGGACUUGGUAACAGCGAGUUUAACAAGGGUGAAAAACGUUCUAAGUUUGCGUAUGAAAUCCUAGAACUAUAUGCGCUCGCAAAUCCCAUGACCUUGGAAGAAUUGAAGAGUCGACAAUGGUUCAAAGCUGCCCCACAGAAAUAUAACAAGGUACCACCAGCAGUGUUAGGGGAAUUGAUUGCGAAUUUAUUACCGCCUCUUUUCACACAAUCUUCCUCGGCUGUCGAAAAUAUACCACCCGCAUCCACACUGCACAGAAAAUCAAGUACGAGCACUGAAUCUCAAGAGGUACUAGAUCAGAUCACGAAUAACAUUCAACAAUUCUCACAUAUACAAGCACCCUCUGCCUCACCCCCUUCGUCGCCCCCUUCUUCGCCUCCAAUCGCAACUCAAACUCCUGUAAUUCAUGUACCAUCUUCACAACGUCGAUUUGUAAGGCCAUCACAAGCUUCGACGGUUGAUUAUACACAAACUCAAACACCUGUUACUCCACGUCGUCUACGACAUGAACGAAAGGAAACUCCUAUUCCAGAGAUGAUUCCGGAGUCGCCGGCAAAAUCUAUUCCUUCUUCCUCGCGUGGAAGUAGUCCGGUGCAGAGUUUGACACCUGUUGUGUCAAGAAGAGGGGAGAGAAUGGCUAUUGAGAUUGAAUGUCAGAGUGAUGAUGAGGAUGAACUGGAAGAGGAUAGUUUGCCUGUUAAGGCGGCGAGGAGGGAGAGUGCAGUUAUCGAGAUUGAGAGUCAGAUCGAGGGUGAGAAUGAAGAUGAAAGUGAUGUAAAUAAUGAAAAGGAUAACGAUCACCACACAGGAAAUGAAGAAAAUGAAGUCAAUCACAUUCCAGAUAACGACCCAAUAAAAGACGAGGGUGAACAAGAAUCAUACCACCCCUCUUCAACACCCGCCCCUUACUCUCUAAUUCGUUCAUCACAACUCAUGUCCCGAAGCCAAAUGAUGCGCGAACAAGAUAGUCUGAUAGAUCGGGAGAUUAUGGGACCGCCACCGCCACCAACAGAUGUUGCUCCGAAAACCAUCGUGCGAUCAAUGGAAAUGGAGACAUCUUGUAAAGGAUAUUUUCCGGAGACGGAUGAUGAUGAUGAUGAAUUAUGA